AUGUGCGGAAACGAGACGCUCUCCAGUGACUUUACCCUGGCGGGGCUCUUCGCUCACAGGAAAGCCUCAGCAUUCCUGUUCGCGGUCCUUGGCGCCAUCUUCCUGACCGCCCUGGUGGCUAACGGGACCAUGAUCUUCCUGAUCCACAGGGACCCGCUGCUGCACACUCCCAUGUACUUUCUGCUCAGCCACCUCUCCCUCAUUGACGUGAUGUAUAUCUCCACCAUCGUGCCCAAGAUCUUGGUGGACUACCUGCUGGGCAGGGGCACCAUCUCCUUCUCGGGCUGCACAGCCCAGUACUUCCUCUACAUGGGCUUCGUGGGGGCCGAGUUCUUCCUGCUGGGGCUCAUGGCCUACGACCGCUAUGUGGCCAUCUGCCGGCCGCUGCGCUACCCAGUGCUCAUGAGCCGCAGGGUCUGCUGGCUGAUCGUGGCCAGCUCAUGGUUUGGAGGCGCCUUGGACAGUUUCCUGCUCACGCCCCUCACCAUGAGCCUGCCCUUCUGCGCCUCGCACACCAUCGACCACUUCUUCUGCGAGGCGCCCACCAUGCUGAGGCUGGCCUGCGGCAACAAGGCCACCUAUGAGACGGUGAUGUACGCGUGCUGCGUGCUGAUGCUGCUGGCGCCCUUCUCCGUGGUGACCGCGUCCUACGCCCGCAUCCUGCUCACUGUGCUUCGCGUGAAGUCUGCCGAGGGGAAGAGGAAGGCCUUGGCCACAUGCUCGUCUCACAUGGCGGUGGUGACGCUGUUCUACGGGGCCGCCCUGUACACCUACAUGCUCCCCCAGUCCUACCACACGCCUCUGCAAGACAAGAUAUCCUCCGCCUUCUACACCAUCCUCACCCCCGUCACGAACCCACUCAUCUACAGUCUGAGGAACAGGGAUGUGAGGGAGGCCUGGGGCAGGCUGAUGGCCAGAAGCGGCCGGGGCCCGCGGCGAGGAGUGCAGGGCCUCUGA